CCCAGCACAGGACGAGGGAAUUGGCUAGGCUGAGUCAAGCACUCCUGCGUGAAGACAACUUGUGCAUGUGGUUCUGAAUGCAACACCACCACUGGCAUUUGUAUUUUCUGCUCUCCUCCAUCUAACCCCUUCUCCUCCUCUCUCCUGGCCCCUGGGUCAGGGAAUGUGCCAGCCCCGGAGAUGCCUUACGUGGAUCGGCAGAACCGGAUCUGUGGCUUCCUGGACAUUGAGGAAAACGAGAGCAGUGGGAAGUUCCUGCGCCGCUACUUCAUCCUGGACACCCAGCCGGGCAGCCUGGUGUGGUACAUGGAUAACCCUCAGAACCUGCCCAUUGGUGCGGACUGUGUUGGCUCACUCAAACUCACAUACAUUUCCAAGGUCAGCGACGCCACUAAGCAAAGACCAAAGGCGGAGUUUUGCUUUGUCAUCAAUGCUGGCAUGAGGAAAUUCUUCCUCCAGGCCAAUGAUCAGCAGGACCUGGUGGAAUGGGUGAAUGCUCUCAACAAGGCCACCAAAAUCACUGUGCCAAAGUCAUGUAAUGCCCAACAGAAUGUGGAGAACCAGAAAGCUCUUUUGGACAUCCUGGGACCCAAGAAGCAGGUCUCCUACAGGACUGACAUCAUUGGGGGAGUUCCCAUCAUCACCCAGACGCAGCAGGAAGGGGGAGAGGGCCAGGAGGGUUCGGAGCGUGAGUUGCUGCGGAGGUCGUACAGCCAGCUGCCAUACUUCCUGGGCAGGCCGACCCAGGACCGGGCGGUCAUCAAGUCUGGAUACUGUGUGAAGCAGGGAGCUGUGAUGAGAAAUUGGAAAAGGAGAUAUUUCUUACUGGAGGAUAACACCAUGAGUUACUUCAAAUCAGAUCUGGAGAAGGAGCCUCUGAGAAUGAUUCCAUUGAAGGAGGUCCACAAAGUUCAGGAGUGCAAACAGAGUGACAUCAUGAUGAGGGAUAAUCUCUUUGAGGUCGUCACCACUUCUAGGACUUUUUACAUCCAGGCUGACAGUCCAGAGGAGAUGCACAGCUGGAUCAAGGCUGUCUCUGGUGCCAUCGUAGCCCAGCGGGGACCUGGGAGAUCUGCAGCCACAAUGCGGCAGGCCAGACGGCUGUCAAACCCCUGUAUACAGAGGUAUACGGCCCGAAUCGGGGAGUGCAGCACUCUCCUGCAGCUGUGUACCUGUCUUAGAUGUCUCACAUCCUGCCUGUCUCUAGUUCUACCUCCUGUCCGCUGCCUCAGGAGCACUGUGGCCGUUCCUCCCCUUCCACAUUCUACCGCAGCCAACCGGGGCCCCCCGUCCCUCGUUCGCCCAUAUCUGCAGUGCCACCCUACCCAGGGUGCCCUUCUGUCGCGGGCAGUGCACGCUCGGAGCCUUGCGUGGGACAGCGAGCACUUCAUGAGCCUCCUGCCGCGACCCAACCACGCCCGACUGUCCCUGCAGGAGACACGCCUGUCCAAGUGACCGCCGACACUGCCCUCGAGUCGCCAUGGAGACGACGCAGCAGCUUUGAGCCCUACCCACCUGAACCCCCCCUUGACCUGGACGCUGACGACUUGCCGGUCAGUGAAGUCUGACCCAUGAUCUGCCCCCACACUACCCCAUAACCUGGCAGAGGGGGUGGGCUGCAGAGGAGAGGCUGCAUGACAACGGGGGAAAUGAGAAGAAUGCUUUUGAAUAUCUGAUAGUAGCUGAACAGUGGGCCACUUGUCUCAUUUCCACCAAACUGAACAGAAGUCAUCUGGAUGGAAAUGACAGAAAGCAGGCACUGAAUUCCAAGCCAAAGUUGGUCUGUAUAAUGUGUCUGACUUCCAACCAUCUCAACCCCCUGUUCGUGAAGCUGUUAAUCUACCCCAGCUAGUCAACCCCAGUCACAUUAGAGUUGGAGGUCACUCGGACAAAGAGGCAGGGGGGGUUCUGUUCUCUCGUUUUAAUUGUUAGGCAUCUACUCAGUGGUUAAGGCAUGUGGACACUCACAUGUAGUCCUGGAAUCCGCUGUCUCUGUGUGGGCUGGGAGGGUGAGAUUCACACUGAACUCUACACCAAAGAUUCUGCGCUAUUUGCCAUUGUCUCCCACCUGCUUGCUCUGUUCUUAUUUAUUUAAUAGGGUUAAUUCAGUUUAGAAAACGUUAUGUUGAUUUAAAAUAUACACACUGAGUGUACGAAACAUGAGGAACACCUUCCUGAUAUUGAGUUGCAUCCCCUUUUGCCCUCAAAACAGCCUCAAUUUGUCAGUGCAUGGAGUCGAAGGUGUCGAAAGUGUUCCACAGGGAUUCUAGCCCAUGUUUACUCCAAUGCUUCCCACAGUUGUUUAGUUGGCUGGAUGUCCUUUGGGUGAUGGACCAUUCUUGAUACACAUGAGCAACCCAACAGAGUUGUAGUUCUUACCCACUCAAACUGGUGCACCUGGCACCAACCAUACCCUAUUCAAAGGCACUUCAAUCUUUUGUCUUGCCCAAUCUCCCUCUGAAUGGCACACAUACACAACCCAUGUCUCAAUUGUCUCAAGGCUUAAAAAUCCCUUCAUCUACACUGACUGAAGUGGAUAUAACAUGUGACAUUAAUAAGGGAUCAUAGCUUUUACCUGGAUUCACCUGGUCAGUCUGUCAUGGAAAGAGCAGGUGUUCCUAUUGUUUUGUGCACUCAGUGUAUACCUGCAGCUCAUGACUACGUGGACUCACACAGAUUAAUUCAGACAUGUGUGAGGCUAAUAUGUUAUACCACUCUGUGCCAAGCAAGCUAGUAAGUGGAUAUUUUUAAAGGUCCAAUGCAACAUUUAUCUCAAUAUCAAAGAAUUUCUGGGUAACAAUUAGGUGCAUUACUGUUAAAUUGACAAAAAUAGCUUCUUAGCAAAGGGCUAUUUCUCAAUCAAGAUUUUUGCUUGGUCUUUCUGGGAGUGGUCUGAGUGAGGGGCAUAAUUGGAAGACCCUAAUGGGAGGGAUAUCUAACCAGAAAACAAUCUGUUACUGGCAGAAGUUUGAAACUCCUUUUUGUUUGUAGUUUAUUCAUUUAUACCAUCACCAGGCAAGCCAAUCUCAUCCCACCAACUUGCAUUAUCUUCACAAUUUCAAAGUAUUAUUCCAACCUCAUAGUGUGGAAAUAUAUACAAAACACAGAAAAAUCAUGUUUUUGACUGCACUGCGCCUUUAAGACAGCAAGCUAUAUUCUCUAAUGACUGAAUAGUUGUCAAGUAACAUAGAACUAAUCAUACCUGUUCAGUUCAUGCAUUCACUGUUGUUUUUGUUGAACUAAUGUUGUCUUUAGUUAUUUACUUUAAUUUAUGGUGUAUGACCAAAUUAUUCUAACAUACAUGUUCUUUAUCUGACUUUAAAACCUACAACAAUCCCAUUCUCCCCACACCAUAGUAUUACAGUUAGAAAGUUGUUGGUAAACACUGUGGACUGGUACGAGACGACUGUGCAGUUCUAAACCAAGCCAUGUACAUUUGCCUAAUCCUGCUGGGUACUGUAAUGGGGUUUGGAUUUGUACCAAUAGGACUUCGGUGAGAGAGUGAGUUGUGCAACAGAGCGGGGUGGCUUCAUUAAGGGGCCAAAGUGAAAAGCAGUUACUUCUAGGGUAGGGAUGGUCAUUGUCUUGCAGAGAUGUUUAAAUUAAUACUCCUACUGGCCACCAACAUGCUUGACCCCUGACCUCUUCAUACCUGUAUACUGAACAGUGGCUUUAACCAUUUUUUUUUUUAGUUAUGACAAAAUUGACACUGACUGCUUUGUUCUGCGUGUGUGAAAACAUGGUUUUCUUUGGUGACAGUUUGUUGGGAUUGUUUUAUUUUAUGUUGUGAUAUGUGUUUAGAUGUAUAUUUCCGUUUGGACUUCCCUGUGCCUGUAUUGCAAGGUAGUGAAGGUCAACCCAACCAUGCUACUCAAUGGUCUUAUUUCAAUAGAUCUCAUUAGUGGUUCUGCAAAACCAUAUAGCUGCUCAAGUGCCUGCAUAAAUUCUAUUAAAAAACAAAGCUGUUCUAAUCCAUUUUGUCUUGUGUACUAGAUUUUAAUUAUCACUAUUUAUUAUGUGGAUGACUUGAAAGAAAUAAACACUUAGAAAAUG